GCCUGCCAGCCCAGCGCUGCGACCGGAGCGGCGAGCGGCGCGGCCGCGGCGCAGACCAGAUUUCUCUGAGUGCUGGCUAUUGGUGCUCCAAUGGUAUACAUCUGAAGGUCCAUCACAGGCCCUGAAUGCACACAGCAAUUCCUGGAAGUGCAUGCAGCCAAGGAACAGAUGCUGCAGCUCGCAUCUCUGUCCCGUUCUGCUGGUGGCCACUGAAUGGUGCAGCGCCAUACCGUGCAGUCCUUAGCAGGGCAGGUGAAGGAGGCCCUCAGACUGGCACCAUGACAGAGUGCUUUGACUGCGACAACUGCAAGGAGUCCUUGUAUGGGCGCAAGUACAUCCAGAUGGACAAUGGCCCGUACUGCAUCCCUUGCUAUGAUGCCCACUUUGCCAACACUUGUGAUGAGUGCAAAGAGCUGAUUGGCCAUGACUGCAGAGAACUAUACUAUGAGGAUCGCCAUUACCACGAGCAUUGCUUUCGUUGCUUCCGCUGUGACCGCUCUCUGGCUGAUGAGCCAUUUACCUGCCAGGGUGAGGAGCUGCUGUGCAAUGACUGCUACUGCAACGAGUUCUCCUCAAAGUGCAUUGCCUGUGAGAAGACAGUCAUGCCAGGAUCCCGCAAGCUGGAAUACAAUGGACAAACCUGGCAUGAGCAUUGCUUCAUAUGUAGCAGCUGCCAGCAGCCCAUUGGGUCACGAUCCUUCAUCCCGGACAAGAAGGAUUAUUACUGUGUCCCCUGUUACGAGAGCAAGUUUGCUCCUCGCUGUACUCGUUGCAAAAAGUCCCUGACUAAGGGAGGAGUGACUUACCGGGAUGAACCCUGGCACAAGGAGUGUUUCGUCUGCACGGGCUGCAAGAUGCCCCUGGCUGGGCAGCAGUUCACCUCCCAGGAUGACAACCCCUACUGUGUUAAGUGCUUUGGGAAUCUCUACGCCAAGAAGUGCAGUGCCUGCACAAAGCCCAUCACAGGCUUUGGCGGUGGAAAAUAUGUCUCCUUUGAGGACCGUCACUGGCACCAUAACUGCUUUAACUGUGCCCGCUGCAAGACCUCACUGGUUGGAAAAGGCUUUAUCCCUGACAAUGAUGAGAUCCUCUGCCGCGACUGCAGCAGCGACCUAUGAGCCUCCAAGGAUGCCGUGGGGCAGGGGCUUUCUCUAUUCUUCAGGUUCUUUGUGCCAAAUAUCCCCAGUAGCAUUUCAGGGGCCAAGCACAAGGCACAGGAGAUGGGGGCUGACCCCGAACCACGGUGUGUUCAGGAGGUUCCUGUGCCCCUCCCUGAAGGCUAGAGUAUGCUAUGCUAUGAGCCAGAGCUAAAUAAAGAGUUGGAAAAGGAGCUUUAAGAUCCCCCAUUAUUUAGUCUUUCCUUUUGCUUCCUGUCUAAUUGGGCACUAGCUGAGCCCAGGGCCACCAGCUGAGCAAAUGGCAGGCAGCAGUGGCUUCACUGCUGGCCUGCUGGAUCUGCACACUGGUAGCAUGUAUUCACUCCUCUUUUGCACAGCGCUGAUCUUUCUUUUUCCCUGUGCACUCCAUUUGCUCUGUGUGAUCAAGGCAGCAGCUCCUGGACUGCACAGCUUGGCCUUGCCAGCUGUAUAGCGGAUGGCUUUGCAGCACCACCUCUCCUGUAUGCAUGGUUUGGCCUAUGGUGUUGCAUGGCCUGGGCCUGAAAUGUUUUCCUUGCCCCAUUUCAAAGGUCUGGGGACACCUCCCUGGAGCCUAGCCAGAAGAGCAUGCAUUAUGUCAGAUGGGGAACAAUCCCAAUUUCUCUGGCCAGCUCACCUUUUCUGGGCCCAGGCCCUUUACUCUGCAUGCCUCCAUGGAAGUACUCAGAUAUGGAAAAGGACCUCAGAUGGCCAGCAGGGAUGGAGCACUCCAGCCCUACCAACUUUCUGCCCCAUUCCCAUCCUCUGGUCUGUGCCAUCAUCUCCCUGCAGCUGCCUCUGUUUUGUUCAGCCCUGAAGCAGCAUUGCAGCUGGUUGUAUGUUUAGCCAUGUUUGUAACUACCUGGGCUAGAGCUGAUGAUUCUGCCUGAGAUACUUCUAGAAAAACAGUGGAGAAAGGUGUUUUGGAGGCUGUUGGAGCACUGAGGGCUUUAUUUCUGCUCACUCCCUCUCAUGGGGAACUGUAGAAUAAGGACUGUCUUGCUGAGUCCAGCCAGCGGUGACACAAAUAUCACCAAAGACAUUUCAUUAAUUUUGGUUUGUCUGCAGAUUGUUGCUGUGCUCAGUGGCUGUCAGGGCAGUUGGAGGGAGGAGGGCCUGAGGCUGAGCUGGAGCUCUGCAGCACAGCGAGCCACUGCAGGUCGGCCAGGGGCUGGAGCUGGGCCAUCACUGGCCAGCUCUUGCUGGAGCUGAGCACUCCCACCUGGCUCUCCAGCCAUGCUCGUCCCCAGGGUGGCCCCCAAACAAAAAGCAAAGCAAGGGUAGCAUCUGGGCUCCCCUGGGGAAGAGCUUUGCAUCUCCUAAGUCCCUUGCUUUGGCCCUAACUGUGCAAAAUAGCACCCAGGCUGCUGAGCAAUCCUAGCCUCAGGCGAGGGCUUGUGGGCUGAGCCAGCCCUGGGUCCCCUAAGGCCCCUUUGGGAACUGGUGCCUGCCUUGCCUUGCCUCUGUGUUGCCCUGGCUCUAUCUUGCUUGGGGCAUUUGUGCCAACCUUGCUUGCCUGCUUGGCCAUGUGGUUUUUUUGUUUGUUUGUUUUUGGUUUUUUUCCCAGUGCAUCUUCUUGUGUGUGUGUGUUUUCGUUUUUGUUUUUUUUCCAUUUUGUACUCUCAUGUUAUGAAUAUUUGUCAUUUUGUAACCAAACUGCAGGAUGAAGGGGCUAGCCCCCUGUCACAGGAUUCACUUAUGAAUGUGGAAUGUUAUGCAUGUUGAAGAGCUAUUAAUUCUGUAUUCAGAACCUUACUGAACCCUUGUUUGGAAGCUUUGAUGCAGGCAAAUCAGAGUUUGUGCAUUUGCUAUUCUAAGGAGCUUGGAGCAGUCUCUAGAAGGAAGCAUUCUAAACCUCAGCCUCCUGUAUGUUUCCUAAGGCUUUAUAUAAUAAACUGUUUUAGUGACA